AUGGUGGAUCAAAAAGGCUUCCAAGUAGAGACUUCAUUUGAAGAUUACCUUUCCUCCAUGUCAGAGAUUCCAACUCCCCCAAAAGCACAGGACACUGAGAGUGUUUACAAAAGAAACCGAGAGGAAAACCACCUGGCAUGGAAAAGGACAAUUUCUGGAGAAUUCCUGGACAAUUCAACCCUGAACCUUGUCCUCCCAGAAGCUAAAGGCAAGGGCGUCUGCUGCGGCAUCACUGCCAGGACUGAGAGUGAUAGGAAUGUGGGGGACCAGCCGGGUGAGGUAGGUUACUCAGGCUCUCCUGCAGAAGCACCUCCGAGCAAAUCACCCUCAAUGCCAUCACUGAACCAGACCUGGCCGGAGCUGAACCAGAGCAGUGAGCAGUGGGAGACGUUUAGUGAACGCUCUUCAAGCUCACAAACUCUGACCCAAUUUGAUUCUAACAUUGCACCAGCUGAUCCUGACACUGCUAUUGUCCAUCCAGUUCCCAUUCGUAUGACUCCGAGCAAAAUCCAUAUGCAGGAAAUGGAACUGAAAAGAACGAGCAGUGAUCAUACUAAUCCCACCAGCCCAUUACUUGUGAAACCAUCUGACCUUUCAGAAGAAAAUAAAAUCAAUUCAUCAGUAAAAUUUCCUUCUGGAAAUACAGUAGAUGGGUACAGUAGUUCAGACUCUUUCCCUUCUGACCCGGAGCAGAUUGGGAGCAAUGUAACUCGUCAAAGGUCUCAUUCAGGAACGUCACCUGAUAGCACUGCGCCACCACCUCCCCCUCCAAGGCCACAGCCCUCUCAUUCUAGAUCAUCAUCCUUAGAUAUGAAUCGGACCUUUGCAGUUACCACAGGCCAACAACAAACUGGAGUUGUUGCCCAUCCUCCUGCAGUGCCUCCCAGACCUCAGCCCUCACAGGCACCCGGUCCCUCUGUGCAUCGCCCAGUGGAUGCUGAUGGUCUAAUAAGUCACACUAGUACCUCACCUCAGCAGAUACCAGAACAACCAAAUUUUGCAGAUUUCAGCCAGUUUGAAGUAUUUGCUGCAUCAAAUGUCUCUGAAGAGCAAGACAAUGAAGCCGAGAAACAUCCUGAGGUCUUGCCAGCUGAAAAAGCUUCUGACCCCGCAAGCUCUCUUCGGGUCGCCCAAACAGACAGUAAAAUUGAAGAAAAGACAGCUGCUAAUGUUCCUGCCAAUGUGAGCAAAGGCACAACACCUCUGGCUCCACCACCAAAGCCUGUUCGAAGAAGGUUGAAAUCAGAAGAUGAAUUACGGCCAGAUGUCGAUGAGCAUACACAGAAGACAGGUGUCUUAGCUGCUGUUCUUGCAUCACAGCCUUCAAUUCCCAGAUCUGUGGGAAAAGACAAGAAGGCUAUCCAGGCAUCGAUUAGACGGAAUAAGGAAACAAACACUGUUCUGGCCAGGCUGAAUAGUGAAUUGCAACAACAAUUAAAGGAUGUUCUUGAGGAGAGAAUUUCCCUGGAAGUUCAACUGGAACAACUCCGACCGUUCUCUCACCUCUAAGCCAAUUGCCGUUAACUGUGAACAUGCCCAUUUUUAAGCAGUUUUGGGUUCAGAGCCUAUUUGGAAACCCAAACAUUCAGCUCACUGCUUAAUUGAACAUUAAAUUUUAUGAUUCUGUUUUGCCCUCUAUGUUCACCAUUGUAUUUAAGUAUCUUUUAUUUUUUAAUUUCAAUAAAAGGGUCAGGAGGACUUUUUCUGGAGGAAA